CAGGGGAACAGAUUGACCUUAUCGGCUUCCGUAUGAUGUCGUGGCGUUUGCUGACGUUCAUAAACUUGCCACAGUUGCAUUGUUACCGCUAACUCUUAUUCCUAUCUCAUUCCGUCAGACUUUUUGCACACACAUUAUAUACAUUACCUUGCAGCUUCACCUUCAGUUGUUCAAGAUGAGGCGCGCGGGUUUGGGUGAAGCAGGCUCUGGGAAUUACGUAGCGAGUGGAUACAGUGUGUAUGAAGAAGAGAAUGAGCAUCUACAGGAAGGACUGAGGGCUAAAGUCAGUGCCUUGAAAAGUCUGACUAUCGAUAUUGGAACUGAAGUGAAAUACCAGAACAAAGUGCUGGAGGACAUGGAUUCCGACUUUGACUCCACAGGCGGCCUGCUUGGUGCCACCAUCGGCAGAGUGAAGCGGCUGUCAAGAGGAAGUCAGACCAAACUGUUGUGCUACAUGCUGCUAUUCUGCUUGUUCGUCUUCUUUGUCCUGUACUGGUUCAUCAAGCUGAGGUGAUAAGAAGAAGACGGUGAAUACAACAUCAUGCCCCGCUGUCUGUGACAACUGAUGCAUCUCAGAAGCAGUUCAACAUAAUAAAGAUGAGAGAAGGCAA